GUCGUCAACGAUAUCUGCGACAAGGUUUCAAAAAUACGAACUUUUAACUGGAAAGGUAUCCGAAAUGAGCGUGGCUAGUGCCAGCAGCGGUGGUGCUACGCCGAAGAUGACGACCGUAGCGGUUGCCGUGAAGGGAGGAGCCUCCGGGGGAAGCGGUAGCCGACGUGCGGUUCGAUGGGCGGUGGAGAAUUUGAAAGCUGAUCGUUUCGUUUUGGUCCACGUCAUGCCAGCAGUCACCUCUGUUCCAACUCCGUCAGGAGAUCGAAUACCCAUCACGGAAAUGGACGAGAACGUUGUGGCAAUGUAUGUUCAAGAAGUGAAACUUAAGUUUGAGGAAGUGUUUAUACCAUUUAAGAAGCUAUUCAAAACAAGAAAGAUGGAAACAUUGGUGCUUGAGGAUGACAAUCCUGCUGCUGCGCUUCUAAGAUACAUUUCUGAGUUUGGGAUUAACACUUUGGUAUUGGGUUCUUAUAGUUCCAACUGUAUAACAAGGAAGCUGAAGGGUACUGGGGUACCUAUUACUGUCCUGAGGCGUGCCCCUGAUACUUGUGAUAUUCAGGUUAUAUAUAGACAAAGAAUCAUCACAAAAUCAGCUAAUCCCUUAUCGACUAGCGGGACCAGUCAUAGGCCACCAGUUUUUGCUGCUACUGGUCGAAAAGAAAGUUCCAGUGGCAUUAGUAAACAUAUAUCCGGUCCUGCUAAUGCUUCUGCAGAAUCUAAAGUGCAAAACUCCUUUGGGAUAGCAUCUUUAUCAGAGCUUAACUACCCAUAUUCAUAUGCAUUUUCAUCUGUGGGAUCUUCAACAAAUGGUAGUACUAUUAGGCAGUCCAAUUCCAUGGUUUCUGCAAAGACUGAACAGGUGAGUUUUCUUGAGCAUUUAUUAGUGGCGGUUGCAUUUUAUUUUGGUAAUUCUUCAAUUCCAUGUCUUAUCUGGAUAAGUUUUGAUAGAAUUUAUGUGGAGUUUGAUCUGCAGGCUGAAGUGGAACAUCUGCGUCUAGAAUUACAAAAUACUGUUGCCAUGUAUAAACAAGCUUGUGAAGAGCUUGUCCACACCCAGAGCAAGGUCCAAGUACUUUCUUCAGAAUGCCUUGAGGAAGCAAGAAGAGUGAAUGCUGCUCUGGAAAGAGAAGAAACUUUUAGAAAAAUUGCUGCAGAAGAGAAAGCAAAACAUAUGCAAGCAAUGAAGGAGGUUGAUGAGGCAAAAAACCUGCUUUCUAAAGAAGCUUAUGAAAGGCAGGUGGCUGAAUUCAAUGCUCUCAAAAAAUCCUUGGAGAAGCAGAAAAUUGUUGAUGCACUCUUCUGUGGAGACAAAAGGUACAGGAAAUACACCAGUGAUGAAAUUGAAGUAGCAACAGAUUUCUUCUCUGAGAGUAAUGUGAUUGGUCAGGGCGGAUAUGGGAAAGUCUAUAAAUGUAGUCUUUAUCACACUCUAGUUGCUGUUAAGGUUCUUCGACCUGAUGCGAUAGAAUGGAAAGAGGAAUUUCUGAAGGAGGUUGAAGUUCUAAGCCAGCUGCGCCAUCCACAUAUUGUUUUGCUGCUUGGAGCCUGUCCAGAGAAUGGUUGCUUGGUUUAUGAAUACUUGGAAAAUGGUAGCUUGGAUGAAUAUAUUUUCCAUCGAAACGGAAAACCUCCACUUCCUUGGUUUAUUCGGUUCCGCAUAGUUUUUGAAGUAGCUUCUGGGCUUGCAUUUUUACACAACUCAAAGCCAGAUCCUAUUGUCCAUAGAGAUUUAAAACCGGGUAAUAUAUUGUUAGAUAGAAAUUAUGUGAGCAAAAUUGGGGAUGUUGGGCUGGCUAAGCUUAUUUCAGAUGUUGUGCCUGACAACAUCACCGAGUACAGAGACUCUAUUAUUGCUGGUACUCUCUACUACAUGGACCCUGAGUAUCAGAGAACUGGCACCAUCAGACCAAAAUCAGAUCUAUAUGCUCUUGGAGUCACAACACUCCAGUUACUGACAGCUCGCCAUCCCAAUGGACUUCUACUGGCAGUUGAAAAUGCCAUUACAAAGAGCUCCUUAGCUGACAUUCUAGACAAGUCAGUUACAGAUUGGCCACUAGCUGAAACAGAAGAAUUAGCUCGAAUAGCAUUGAAGUGUUCAAAGCUAAGAUGCAGGGACAGACCAGAUCUUGACACAGAGAUUCUGCCAAUUCUCAAAAGACUUGUUGAUGUUGCAGAUGCUAGUUUAAAGUUAGAAAAGAACAAUGCAUACGCUCCAAGCCAUUACUUCUGUCCUAUCCUUCAGGAAGUGAUGGAUGACCCUCACAUUGCCGCUGAUGGUUUUACAUAUGAGCACAGAGCCAUUAAGGCGUGGCUUCAGAAACACAAUGUAUCACCAGUUACAAAGUGUAGGCUUCAGCAUUCCGUAUUGACUCCAAAUCAGACAUUACGCUCUGCCAUACAGGAGUGGAAGUCACGGGUGACAUUGUCUGGAACAUAAUUUUAAGCAGGUUGUAUGUCACGGUACCUUUUCUCGGACGCAAGAUCUUGUUUCAAGAUGAAAACAGAUUCAUUCUUCACCCCCCAACCAAAAAAAGGGGGCAUGGAACCCUUGGAGUGAGGUUGAAGGUCAGCAACUGAAUUUGUAUAUGAAGUGGAUACUGAAGGUCAAGGAUUAGUUCAAAUGUGAUUUUGCACGUUACAAUGUGUACGUAUAAAAGAUCACAAAUUCUUGUAUUAAGACCUUUCUACUGACGAACCCGUCUUUAAAAUAGACUUCAAGUCUUUACAAUGUGUAUAUAUAAAAGAUAAAAAAAUUUUAUUUCGUAUAUUAUUAGGCAUUCAUCUGGAAGUAAUUCAUGGUACAGGAUA